AUGAACUAUCAUUUCAUGAGAUUUGCUCAAACCUAUUCAUCAUCAUUUGGUCAGCAACGAGGCACCAUUCAGAAGUUUCAAAGGGCUCAUGUACAGCAAUUUCCCCAUUCUUUUGGCACAAGCUUUGGCCCAGCUGAUGCUGGACGAGCUGUUGCCAUGAGACGGCCGUUGGCCAAUCCGAUCCAACUACCUACCGGCCGGAUUCACAGUUUUUCCAUGACGCCCGCCCUUUUAUGCGCCAAGCCACAUUCACACUGUCGUCACUCCGCUGCCUCGCAGAAGGCACGUUCUACUUGCUGCCUCCUGCGCAUUCACUUUCAACUCAGCCGAAUUGUGUGCGCAGACAGACACAGCCGACCGUCUCAGACUGAGCACCGCAUGUUCCGUCAAAAACGGAAUUAA